AUGGCUUCCAAGAAGAUUCCACUUUCACAGAAACAGGCUGAAGACACUGGACAUUUUGGCCCGAUGGAUCUCUUUGGCACCUGGACUAGAAUGGGCUGGGUACCCUCCAUGUUUUCUUCAGGCUCCAGAAAGUCUCCAGAAUCCUGUUGCUCCCUCAAAGAAGAUCUGAUUGCCACACACCCUGAGGUCGUCACCACUCUGCCCAGAGACGCUGAAGAAAGUAACAGGAUGAGGUUUCGCUUGGGAACCGUUCCUUUGGCGGAAACGCCCCGGCAGACUCUGUCCCGGCUGGAUGAAGCAGCCCAGAAGUGGCUACGGCCGCAAGACCGCACCAAGGGACAGAUUGUGGAUAUGAUCAUCCUGGAGCAGUUUCUGCAAGUGCUGCCAUGGGGGAUGCAGACCUGGGUGAGAGCCAAGAAACCGAGAAGCAGCGAGGAGGCAGCUCUGCUGGCUGAGGCCUACCUGGGGCAGCAGUGGCCUGUGGCUUUUCAGGAAGUGGCUGUGUAUUUCACCCAAGAGGAGUGGGAUCUUUUGGAUGAGGAUCAAAGGCAUUUGUAUCACAGCGUCAUGCAAGAGAAUUCUGAGAACAUGGCUUCACUGGAGCUGCUGAUUGCAACAUCUGAUCCGGUUCUCUAUCCUGGGUAUAAGGAACAGCCACACAUCACAAAGAUCCAAAAACCAAAUGAAAAGGAAAUCACUGCCAAAGUUGCUGUAACAAGUGACAGUGUAACUGAGCUUGCAUUUCCACCAACCAAACUAGACAAGAUUUCCUCUCCCCAUGAAUAUGACUUGAUGGUCCAGACAGGACAAGAAGAGGAGAUGCAGAUGCUGAAUGAGAACAGCCUGAGAGACUCUUGCACAGGUGAUGGGUCAGAAAGUAUGAGCGGGUGUAAGAAUCCUCCGCAGGGAGAUGCAACAGCAGGGCCAUCACAUGAAUCAUUGUGGUGGGAUUUGUUCUUUGAUCCUAAGCUGUCCAAAGCAGUUGAGAUCAAGUCAGUAGGACACCAGGGAAUAUUGCCAGAACUCACACAAGGAUAUUCAGCUACUAGGAAAGGAAAUUUCACAGAAGGCAAGCCCCAGUUAAGAGUGUCCAAAAGAAAUUAUCCCUGCUCGGUUUGCGGGAAAAGUUUUGACCGGCGUGCUAACCUAAUUAAACACCAGAGAAUCCACACAGGAGAGAAGCCGUAUUCGUGUGCUGAAUGCGGAAAACGUUUCGAUCAGCAAUCCAACCUCAACGUCCACUUGCGAGUCCAUACAGGAGAGAAGCCUUACGGCUGCCCUGACUGCGGGAGACGUUUUAGCAUCAAGUCUCACCUCCACGGACACUACAGGAUCCACACAGGAGAGAAACCUUACGAAUGUGAAGGAUGUGGGAAGAGGUUUCGGGUGAAAUGGUGCCUGAAUAAGCACCAAAGGAUCCAUGCAGGAGAAAAACCCUACAAAUGCCUCUCCUGCCAGAAAACUUUCACCUGCAGCUCUGAUCUUAUUAAACACCAGGUGACUCACUCAGGGGAAAAAGACUACACCUGCUCUGAGUGUGGCAAGAACUUAGCCAACAAAUCAGAUCUUAACAAGCACGAGAGAAUCCACACCGGAGAGAAACCUUGCGUGUGCUCCGUCCGCGAGAAAAGGUUCUGCGAUAUUUCUCAGAAAAACAAGCAUCAGAGAAUCCACACCAACGAAAAGCCUUAUGGAUGCUCUGACGGUGGGGAAAAGUUCAGAGAUUGCUCCCAACAGAACAAACACCAGAGAAUUCACGUGCUAUAG